AUGGACAAUUACCUUAUACACUCAAGUUCAGCUCAUGAUAAAUAUCCUGCAUCAUCAUCUUCCACCUUUUCGUCAAUUUCGAUUUCAACAACUACAGAUGCUUCUUCAUCUUCUAUUUCUCAUAUUUAUACAACAACUAGUAAAAGUACCAAUAUUUUAUCGUUAUUUCCUUCUUCAUUAUUAGUUUUAGAUUCAACAAAUACAAAAGAUUCAUCAUCGUCGUCAUCUUCUAUUUCUAUGUUGACAAAUACAAAUGUUCCACCAUUAUCUACUUCUCCAUCAACUAUUCUUAAUUCAUCACGUUUUUCAUCAUCAUCAUCAUCAUCUACAUACACAAGUGACAAAAUACGAUUUCUAUUAAAAAAUGAAAAACAACGAUAUGAAGUGAUUUCAAAUAAGGCCAAAUCAGCUAAAGCUCAACAUUGGUCAAAUUUUGGAUUUCCUGCAAAAUUGAACGAAAAAAACUGUGGAACUUCACAUUUAAAAGAACAUUCGUGUACAUCAAAUCUAAUUCAAACAUCUACAACAUCUGUAAUGAAACAGCCAACAGUCGAACAGUGUCUUACAGUUCAGAAAAAUUUAACUACUGAUCAAUCAACAGUUAUUAAAGAUCUUAUCACACGUUGGGUAUGUACUGAUAUUCGUCCGUUUUCUAUUAUAGAAGAUGGUGGACUUAGAUUAUUGAUACAAGAAUGUGUAAAACUCGGAAGUCUUUAUGGUAAUAUAGAUGUUGAUAAUAUUCUUCGAGGUCGAACUACUAUAUCAAACCAUAUAUAUAAACUUGCUGAUGCAUCUCGUCAACAAAUCAAAUUAAUAUUACAAGAACCAUUUGAAAGUGGAUGCUUAUCAAUAUCUCCAGAUUUUUGGAAUGACAAAUAUCGACAAAUAUCAUAUCUUGGUGUUACUGCAACAUUUUUCGAUUCUAAUUACCAUUAUCAUACAAUUGAUCUUUUAUGCCGACCAUUUGAAGGACCUGAUAAAAGUAGCACUAAUGUUUUAACGGUACACCGAUUAAAUAAAGAGAUUCAAGCAGCUAGUGGAAAUGUAAUUCGACAAGCUACGAAUGUUCGUUGGCUUUCUCUGAUCUAUUUAUUAGACAGUAUUCGUACAUCAUACAUGGAAAUAAAAGUUAUAUUAAGCCGCCGAAAAAAUCAGUCACGAUUAACAAUUAUUAGUCAAAUAUUGUUGGAAGAUAUUAUACGAUUUUUAACGCCAUUCAAGUCAGUAUUGAAACUAAUACAAGCAGGAUCAAAACCAACAUUAUACUUAGUAUUACCUUGCACUUUCACUAUUCACAAGGUAUUAAAUUCGUUUGAUGAUUUAUUGGACCACGUAAAGAAAUAUCCAUCAGAUGAAAAAACAAAAAAUAAAUUACAUAAUUAUGUAGAUGAUGAUAAUUGUUUUAGCUGCGAAGAAGAUGAAGAUAAUUAA